AGUGAGGUAGUCAGUGAGGCAUGACUUGUGCUAGCUUGUGGUUGGUGAACUAAUUGAAAGAAAUGCUAUUAUUGGUUGAUGGCGUGGUGCAUAUGAACGUAUAGUAUUGCUGGAAUUUCGAAAGGACAUCCUGGUUUGUUUAGCACUUAGCUACAGACCAAGAUCGCAUCAACGUGUUAAUUCCAUUAUAUCAUCAUCAACAUGGCAUCCUUUACCAUGUUAAAGCCCCUUUCACAAUUGGUGGUGCGACUGCUUACAACCGUUGCGAUUCUGUGCAACAUCUAUUGUGACCAAAUGCUCGCAAACGAUCGCACAAGCAAUUAUGAAAGCCCCUAAGUUACUCAAAAGACGAAAACUGAGGCAAGAGCAGUAGCUAAAGCAGCUUAGGAGGGGAAUAACACACCCACAAGACUCAAUCUGGCAUAGAAAAACAGAGGAACAGUCCUCAUGAGUUUCCCAACUACCGUGACUGAGCAGAAAAGGGUCACAUCAUCGCCUCCUCCAGGAUUUCAUAAAUUGGUGGGUUUUGAGAGAGAAACAGACGAACAAGAUCUUCAUCUGUCUCUGCGCGACAUUGCUCUGUCUCUACAUAUCAUUUAUUGUUAUGAUGAUGCUUGACACUGCAAGGCAGGAAUGCCGCAUUAAGGACGUCGGAUGCGGAUUCAUCGCCGGUCUCAUCCACUACUUCGUACUGUCGUCAAUGACCUGGAUGGGAGUCGAAGGAUACAACACGUACCUCAUCAUCGUCAAGAUCUUCAAUACUUACAUCGAGAAAUUCAUGUAUAAGGCGGCUGCUGUUGCAUGGGGCUUGCCUGCAAUGAUCGUCAUCGUGACAGGAUUCAUUAGGCAAGAAAAAUACAUUCAUCAGGAUUUAUGUUUCCUGGAAGUGACGUCUCAGAUCGGAGGUCUCCUCAUUCCCAUCGCCAUCAUCGUCCUCGUCAACGCCGUCAUCUUUGCCCUGGUGGUCGUCCAGCUGAUGAAAUCCUCAAACUUUGCUGGUCGGGUGAGAGUUGCUAAAUCGAACCGUCGAGAGACCAUCGAACGGGUUGAGAACGCCAUCUGUAUUCUGCUUUUGCUUGGCCUGACAUGGAUUAGUGGAUACUUUCUCUUGAUCCCGCGUUUCAGUCAGAUUUCGGAACCCAUCUUCAUCGCGCUGAACGCGUUCCAGGGCCUGUUCAUCUUUCUCCUUUAUUGUGUUCGUAAACCGAUGGUUCGCAAGCAGUGGGGACUGACCUGUCUCGGUAAAGGCGAGCAAUGAGGUACCACCCUGUCAAGUAUCGGCACGCACAACUCCAAGAAUACCAUCCUUUCUGCGGGGAAUAGUUGUUCCAGCUCGAUGAUGAGCUCGAUAUCGCACUCGAUGCCGAUGGAGAAGGCCCCAAUGCUCGAAGUGCUGGAUGAGAACUUGCAAUAAUCCAACUUUCAAGGUCACGUACUACGUCUUGUCCUCUGUUUUAAAUCAAUAAAUUACAUUCUGAUUCAAUAUUGCAUUGCAAGUUAAAAAAAAAAAAAGCCGUAUUGAGUCUUGGAACUCUUGUUGGAAUGUUCCCAAUGGAAUAGAGAAGGCCAUACAUUGUAUGCGGGCAUGCAAGGAUCCGAUGACCGGGGUAAUAAUAUGAUGUAAAGCGCUUUGGGCCAUUAUGGGAAAAACGCUAUAUAAAAAAUAGCUAUUAUAUUCUAAAGUCUGGUUUUACUUAGACCGUGGUCUAACUUUGUGCUAAAAUUAUUGGAAACCGAAAAAAAGACAUUUUUUAUUACAAUAUUGUUUCAAAUAUUUACUAUGCUCUUUCCGCAUGUAUACAUGAUG